AUGUCAGACCAGGUUCCCAUCCAACAACAGCAGCUCCAGCAGCCAUACGCAGAGCAGGCCGACGUGCUGCUUCCACAAGCACCCACAGAGGACGAAGACAUACAAAUCACUACGGGAGACCACCAAACAAAGCACUUGGACGAUGAGGUCGCCAGAUUGAAAGCAGUCCUCUCCGAGAACCCCCACGCUCCCCAGACCGACGAGGAGAAGCGAGACAUCGACUCCCGGUCGGUUUACAUCGGAAACGUCGACUACGCCGCCACACCUGCCGAAUUGCAGCAGCACUUUGCUAGUGCUGGUGUGGUGCAGAGAGUCACCAUUUUGCUCAACAAGUUCACAGGACAGCCCAAGGGCUUUGCGUACUUGGAGUUCGCAGACACCGACGGCGUCAACAAGGCGGUGGCCACCUUGGACGGAUCCAGCUUCCGGGACCGUGAGUUGAAGGUCAGUGCCAAAAGAACCAACAUCCCGGGCUUGAGCACCACCAACAGAGGCAGAGGAGGCCACCGAGGAAGAGGAGGGUUCAGAGGAAGAGGAGGCCGUGGCAGAGGCAGAGGAGGCAGCUUCAGAGGCGCUCCCAGAUUCACCCCUUACUGA